GGUGUCAGUGCUGCCCCCUGCUGGUGGAGUGUGGAGCUGCAUGUGCGGCUGUGUGAAGCUGCUGUGAGCUCUCAGUUGUCGCUGUGCAGUGGAGGCGUUUUUUUCUCUGUGUGCAACCAACCGCAAGAAAUGGAUGUGUUUCUAAUGAUCAGACGUCACAAGACGACCAUCUUUACUGAUGCCAAAGAGUCCACCACAGUCUAUGAACUGAAGCGCAUUGUGGAAGGUAUUCUAAAGAGGCCACCAGAAGAUCAGAGGCUUUAUAAGGAUGACGUGAUGCUUAACGACCAACAAACUCUUGGAAAUUGUGGUUUCACAAAUCAAACAGCCCGACCUCAGGCCCCUGCCACCGUGGGAUUAGCUUUCCGUCUGAGUGAUGAUUCUUUCGAGCAGCUGAGGCUUGAGCCCUUCUCCACUCCCCCAGAGCUCCCUGACGUCAUGAAGCCCCAGGACUCGGGCAGCACAGCCAACGAGCAGGCUGUUCAGUGAGGGAGGGGGCAGGGACAGGAGAGGGACACGCAGGCGGCGGGGGGGUUCGGAGGGAGGAUGCACGGGGGGGAAGGGAGGGGUUGACUUUUUUUGGGAAGCGAUGCCUCAGCGGGUGAGUUUUGCCUUGCCGACGACAGACCCUCAGCUGAGCAUAAACAAUUACAAACACUGAUUCCCCUUGUUGUAAAUUUGAGGGCAGUGCUUCAAAGUGGCUUCAAAGUUUGUCCUGAAAUUGGUGACCGAUGCUAGAAAAAUGAUAAUUUCACACAAGACCCUUCAGAGAUACCUGACGGACCUGUCACAACACUGUCAGUCGUCCAUGGGGCUGGUGAAGGCUGAACAUUAAGAGCUGUACCUCAUAUUUAAUUAAUUCUAGUCUUUUCGGGGGGUAAGGUUACGCUGCCUUACUUAUGUUUUUUAUUUUGCUGGCUUGAACGUGGGAGUUGAUAAGGUGUGACAUUUUUAGGCUUUUAUGUUUGUGUGUUACUUAAUUAAACUAUUACUAGGAUUUAACAUGUUUUUGGUCCUCGGCCUGAAUAUGUGUUGCGACAAUAGCUAGGAUUUCGUGAAUUUCUAAGUUACUAUCUGUAUUUCAAAAACUUUUGAACAAUAUGAAUCUGACAAUAAAUUAGAUUCAAAUGUUGGCAGAAGAUGCGGCAUUGAGAUGAACAUUUCUUGAUAUUUUACUUAUCAGUAGUUGUAGUUUUCAUACUGUAGCUGCUCACAGAAGUUACUGAGACUGAACGCACUCAGUCGUGGGUAACUACCACACAUAAUGCUGGCGUGGACCUGGUGUUCAAAAUACACUGAUUCACAGGUAAUCCAAAAAUGAACUGAUAAUAUAAGAAUUAUUGAUUUAUUUUUCUUUUUUCUACCUUAUUAGCAAAGCAGAGGACUACACAACCCUCCUCUCCAGUGUUGGAUUGUAGCCCAUGACAUUUUGGAGGUGUUGAAGAGCAGUAAACUAAAACAUUUUAAGUUAAAUAAGUAGUAUGUCAUGUGAUGACUUGUUUCUGUGUGUGUGAGUAACGGGCUGCACUCUCCAUAAUCCCACAUUCAUUGCUCUUAUACGUUUAGUUCAUGCUGCAACUGUGUUGUAUUAUACACCAUGAAUACCUUGAUGCACAUUCUUUUCCUAAAAUUAAAGCUACAUUAAGAGUAAACUCCUCAAGUAUCCAAUUCUAUAACACUGGUUCUCACUAUCAGUGAAGAUAUGAUUUCAAUAGUAAAGUCCUUUUAAUCAUAACCAGAAAGUAUAUCCUGACCUGGGGGUGUUGAAUGAGAAAGUUGACAUAGAUGCAUUUUGAGGCUGUUAAACAGUGGGACAUGAUCAAAGUUGCACUUGUAACUGAUUUAACAUUAAAACAACUGUUUUUCA